UUAUUUUUAAUUCAUAACGUAAAAUCAUCAUUUUAYGUUUGAUGAAAUCCUUAGAGAAGUGAGUUAAACAUUCAUGAGCAUGUAGUUGGGAUGGAUGAGUGAGAUGCAAGCUUUUUGUUUAYGUUUAUUUGGAAUGUAACAUGAUUUUGGAAGUUGGCUGAAGCGCAAAUCAAUCAAUCUACUCCCGGGGUCUACUAUGAGAAGAACAAAAAAAGCCGAAGGACAUCAGAUCUGUGCUAAUUUGCUGUCAGAUGGAGCAAUUCUUGACAUUAUAAAAUCAUUUAGAAGACUCGUGGAAUCAAGCUAUGGACCCCAUGGAAGGUUAUUUUUGAUAUUGUUUCAAGAUUCUCGUUUCAUGGCUAUAGUUUUAUUAAUAUUUAUAUCAUCAUUGUCACAAUUUCAGGCUUUUCUUCAGUCAGUGCCAUCCCCUCAUGACUCAUACCGUACACAAUCUUUGAAGCCAAUUCAGUUUCUUACUUGCGAAGGACGUCCUGUCUCUCAUACAAAGAUCAUCAAUGGUGUCCUAAUUGAAGCCCCAGAACUGCCAACAUACAAUCUUAACACUGCAGUGAGAAAUCUUAAGGUGGCUCUCUACAAUGUUUCCAUGGCAGGAGAUACUGAUGAAUGGAUUGAAGGAGUGACGCCGGUUGCUAUGGUUGGUUUACCACAAGAUGAUUUAAGCAAGGGCGUAUUAGAGUUGAUAAAGGGCGUGGCUUUGAUGCUUGUGAAAGAAGGUGUUGGUCUUGUUGCUUGUCAAAAAGUUAUUCAUCCUGCUUUGAAAACAUUUUUCAGAGAAAAGGGCAUAUACGUCAUGGAUCGUCUAUCUGUGUUACAUAUUGGUUCUGUUCAGAGACUGACAGGAGCUACGAUCUUGAGUACAUUUACCAGCGAAAUCCCUAGUAGAUGGUUUGGUCGUGUUGGUAGUAUUGAGCAUACUGUUAUCAAUAAUAAAAGUUACCUCCACCUUUUGCCAGACACUAGGGUGUUUUUGUCGUCUCAAUCGUCGAAAUCAGAAUCAGUGUUGAAGCAUUCGCCGUCACCUACAGAACUAACAUUGAAUUCUCCAUCAUCACAGUCACUCAAACCAGUAACACCAUCAUCGCUAUCACAACCAGUACAGCUACCGUCAUUGCCAUCUCUUCAAACGCAUUUACCAACAUUUUCAUCAUCAUCAUCGUCAUCACCACGGGCAGCGUCUUCAUCACGUGACCCAUCAUCACCAAUGUCCCGACAUUCAUUGCGAUCACAACCACCAACACCAUUAUCUCCGCAAUCUUCACCCAACCCGUCACUAAGACAACCGUCGUCACCGUCACAAAACCAGAAUCAACAACCAGCAAAUUCACCACCGCCAUCUUGUCCUGUGACUACCAUGAUUCUUUGCGCACCUGACGAAACCUGCGUGAACGAGCUCAAGAUAGUAUGCCAGUCUGUUAUAAGUAUUCUACAGGGUAUCGUGUCCAGUCCAUACGUGGUUCCUGGAGGUGGGUGUCUCGACACCCAUCUAGCUUGGUUCGUACGAUCCACUGCCCGAAUCUCUGAUGAUUCCUGUUUGGAAAGAUUGGGUUGCACAAGAGCACAAUAYAUCAUCAUUAUGGACAGCGUCGCGAGUUGCUUGGAAGCUGUUGCCAGGUGCCUUGAUCACGAUGGAGGCGACCACGUGGUUGAUUCAGCCAAUCAUCACCACUGGAUACUUGCCCCGGGGGAUCAGCCAAGUUAUUCAGCUAUCCCAUCAUGCAUUUGUGGACUUGUGUCACGUGAUCACUGUGAAAACUGGUGCAUGUUGGGUAACGAUGACUGCUAUCACGUGAAAGAACACUCCUCAGUGAUUGGCGGCGAAAUGUGUUUCCAAGWCAACAUUCUUGAUUUACACUUAGCUAAAGUGACUUUACUCCAAGCUGCUUUCGAGACUGCAAGUGUUAUAUUGAGGGUAAAGCAUUUCGUCUCCGAUUGAACAGACUUUCCGAAAUCGUAAAUUUCUUAUGUGACCGGCCGGUCGAUGCGGAUUGAUAUACGGUGAGGGUAUGUGACAUCGUGCUAGGAAAUAGCAAGGAACUCAUUUCCAGAACGCGCAAAUUUGAUUGACAGGAAUAUUUUACGUGWCAUUGAUGAAACAAAGACUUUAAUUAAAAAUAAUGAACUAUAAAUACGUCAUGUGAAGU